ACGCUAUCUUCAUGGUCCCAGCCUUCGAUGUGAACUCAUUCUGUGAUCAGUUACUUUAGAACAAGAUUAAAACAAUCUCACACUCAACCAUCAAGCUUAAGGAGAAGCUUGGUGCUGGGCAGUUUGGCACAGUACACAAGGUGGAGAUGCUCACUGAAGAUAAGACCUCUCAGCUGGUGGCUGUGAAGGUGCUCAACAAAGGAGUGGAUGAGGCAGACAAAGUCAAGUUCCUCCAGGAGGCGGCCAUCAUGGGUCAGUUUAGGCAUCCCAAUAUCAUGAAGCUGUACGGAGUGGUGACUGAAGAAGAGCCGGUGAUGAUAGUACUGGAGCUGUUGUUGACUGGUGACCUGAGGAACCAGCUCAUUAAUAGCAAAGAGGGGAAGAACUGUGGUAUUGAUGUCCACACUUUACUGAGCUACUGCCGACAGAUAGCCUCAGGCAUGGCGUACUUGUCUAGUAAGGCAUUUGUGCACAGAGACCUGGCAGCCAGGAAUAUACUAGUGUCAGAGGAGGGAGUGUGUAAGAUUGCAAAUUUUGGAAUGUCACGAGAGUUAAUGGACGAAGAUUGCUACAUUUCCUACGGAGGGAAAAUCCCUGUGAAGUGGACUGCCCCUGAGGCCCUCCAUUACAAGCAGUAUUCAGUGGCCAGUGAUGUGUGGAGCUUUGGUUGUGUCAUGUACGAGAUAUGGAGUCUGGGGCACAAACCAUUUGAAGCUUUCUCUAACAAGCAAACAAUCAAGGAGGUUGACGAAGGAUACAGAUUGGCCCCUCCCCCUGGGACCCCCCGGACAGUUUACAAAUUCAUGAUGGAAUGUUGGCACCCUGUGAAGGGAGAGAGACCCACAUUCACUGAGCUGAUGCAGGAGCUUAGUCUACCAGACACCAAGCUCCUGCACUGGAGGGACGAGGACAGGGACACACACCCUGAGGCUAAUACUCUCGGAGCACCCCUCAACUUCACAGAGCACCUGUACAUGGACUUACAAGAGAGCUAUGUUGUGUCAAAGAAUAGUGUAGGAACGUAUGAAACUACUGACAGUUAGUCAUUCUACUUUGUGAAUUAAUGCUAUCGUUUUAAUAAAUCA